AUGGGAAUAUAUUGCUUUAGAUAAAAAUAGCCUCCUAAAUAAAUGCAAUUUGAAAGCAAGCUUGAUGAUAUAGAGAUCAAAAAUAUUAGAGAUCAAGUUCUUUCAGAUUGCUAAUAAAUCAAUUUAACCUACAACGAUAAUUUGUCCUCAGCCUCUUCAAUCCUAAUGGUUGAUAGUAUAUAUACAGGAAAAGUGAGGGACAAUUAAAAAGAAGGAUUUGGAGAGUGCAUAUCCUAUUAUGAUAUUAAAAAUUCAGAGCAGCAAAAUAAAAAAAUUAAAGAAUAUUAUUUGGGAGAAUGGAAAAAUGGCAUGAAGGAUGGCUUAGGGAUGAUGGUGUAUUCUAAUGGAAAUUAGUUUGACUACUAUGUUGGCUAAUUUCAGCAGAAUUAAAAGCAUGGUUUCGGAGAAAUUAAAUAUUCUACUGGGUAAUCUUAUAAAGGAGAUUUUCAAAAUAACCAAUUUCAUGGAAAAGGGACAUUGAUUUUACAGGAUUAAAUUACAAAAUAUUUUGGUGAUUGGGCCUUCAAUUAGCGAGAUGGAUUUGGAAUUGAACAUGGAAUUGAUGACAAUAAAAUAUGGGAUUACGAGGGAUCAUUUUCUAAAGGUAAAAGGUAGGGGUAGGGAAAACUUACAAUUGAUAGAGAUUAUGUCAUCGAAGGGGAAUUUGAAAAUGAUUUCCCCAAAAACGCCCUUAUUACAUACAAAUAGCAAGAGUCUUAGGCUGAUGUAUAAUCAAUGGCUAAUUAGGAAUUAAUGAUAAAUAAGAAUCAAUAUUUCAUGGUAAUGGAACUCUAAAAAUGA